GGAACUAUAAAGAGCACUCCCUGGCCAAAACAACUCCUCUCCUUUCAUAAAUUUUCUUCUUCGCGAUCUAUGAUCGUCCUGUUCGAAAUCGCUCAACGACUAGUUAGACUCAUUGUUGUCAAAUUCACUGCAUCGCAUAGUGGCGGCUUGAUCGCCAUUGCUCCCUAUUCUUCCCGAUCCUCACGGUCUAACGCAAUCAAUCCUCCAGGGGCUUGGAAGUCAACAAAAUGGAUUCAAUUAACGCCUCGAAUAUUGGAGUCGUGAAAGCAGACGGACUUACAUACUACACUCCAGCCAACAAUGCCGGUGUUGCCCUCAGUGAGGACUUGAAGUCUAUCCCUACCCUAUUUCGACCCCUCCAGAUCCGAGAUGUAACUCUCAAGAAUCGCAUCAUCGUGUCGCCGAUGUGCAUGUAUUCUGCAGACCCGGACCCGAAAUCACCAGCUGUUGGUGCCCUGACUGACUACCAUAUCAGCCAUCUGGGCCACUUUGCUCUCAAGGGGGCUUCGCUGAUAUUUAUUGAAGCGCAAGCGGUGCAGCCUAAUGGCCGUAUCUCGCCGAACGAUGCGGGGUUAUGGCAGCACGAUGAGAACUCAGCACAAUUUCUGGGUCUCAAACGUGUUGCAGAUUUUGCGCAUGCGCAGGGCGCAAAGAUUGGGGUGCAGUUGGCCCAUGCAGGACGCAAAGCAAGUGUUAAUGCACCUUGGGUGGCCGCUGAACAUGGUUUGCACAGCUUGAGGGCAGAGAGUUCUCAGUUUGGGUGGCCUGGAGAUAUCGUGGCACCAACAGGAGGGCCAGAUUUUGUAUGGUCGGGCGGUGGUCCAGAGGACAAGCAGUAUCAUGUACCGCGAACACUGUCGGUUGAGGAAAUCAAAGACGUUGUCAAGGCUUUCGCAGCAUCUGCAGCAGCAGCGGUCAAGGCUGGUGUGGAUGUUGUUGAAAUUCACGGAGCGCACGGUUAUCUUGUUCAUCAAUUUUUAAGUCCAGUGACCAACAAGCGAACCGAUGAAUAUGGUGGAUCAUAUGAGAACAGGACUCGCAUAGUCCGGCAGAUAGCUACAGCUAUCCGCGAAGCUAUUCCGCCCGGGGUCCCACUGUUUCUCCGAGUGAGUGCAACGGACUGGCUUGAAGGCAUCGAAGUCGCCAAGGAGUCUGGCAGUUGGGAUGCUGAAUCUACAAUUCGGCUGGCAAAAGAGCUUCCCAGCCUCGGUGUGGAUUUUAUUGAUGUCAGCUCUGGUGGAAAUCACAAGGAUCAGCGAAUUGAUCCACAUACAUCUUACCAGAUCAACCUCGCCGCCCGCAUACGCAAAGAAUUGCAUGAAUCCGGUAUUCAUAGUCUUUAUGUUGGCGCAGUUGGAUCCAUCACUACAUCUUCUCUGGCCAAGGAAAUUGUAGAAGGUGCUGAUAGUACCACGGAACUUUUAAAGGAUGAAGCUAAAGCUGCCGAGUCCGUUGUUAGUGGUUCCGAACCCAAAGCAGAUGCUGUUUUUGUUGCGCGCCAGUUUUUGCGUGAUCCAGCGUGGGUACUAAAUGUUGCAAAAGAGCUUGGUGUUAAGGUUUCUUUGCCUCACCAGUUUUACCGUGCUUUGUGAGCGAGUUAUUCUGUGGAUCGCGGACGACGUUGUUCUCGUUGGUUGAUUGGGGAAUCUAGCUGACAAUCUCGCGCCGUAGAGAAUUAUAUAGAGUAUACGUGGUAAUGCAGUCUGAUUUGUUCUUAAUUGUGGCCAGCUACCUUCUCUUGGAAUAUUAAGGAAGAUUUACU